GAAGAUAAAUAUACAAGUGUGAGUGAGAAGCUAAGUAAAAUGAAGAUAGGUUUUGCUUUCUGCGCCAUUGUUCUUGUUUCGAUUGCAUAUGCAUCAGACCCAGGCCAGCUUCAGGAUUUCUGCGUUGCUGUUCCCGAUUGCCUCUGCAGUUUUUGUGAACGGCAAGUUUUGUAAGAACCCGAACAUGGUGGUUGCGGAUGAUUUCCUUUUCCAGGGCCUAAACAAGGCCGGAAACACCUCCAAUAACGUUGGAUCAAUCGUGACUCCGGUCAACGUCAACCAGCUUGAAGGCCUCAACACUCUCGGCGUUUCCAUGGCUCGCCUCGAUUUCGCCCCUUAUGGGAUCAACCCACCCCACACCCACCCGCGUGCCACUGAAGCCUUCCUCUUGGUGGAAGGCACUCUCUAUGUCGGGUUCAUCACUUCCAACCCGGCCGAUCCCGCCCAAAAGAACAAGCUCUUCACCAAGUAUUUGUACCCCGGAGAUGUGUUCGUCUUCCCACAAGGUCUCAUCCACUUCCAAUUCAAUGUCGGAAAGACCAACGCCGUUGCUUUUGCCAGCUUCGGGAGCCAGAAUCCGGGCACCAUCACCAUUGCCAACGCGGUGUUCGGGUCGGAUCCUAAGAUUAACCCGGAUGUGUUGGCCAAGGCUUUCCAGGUUGAGAAGAACAUUAUUGAUCACCUUCAGGCUCAGUUUUGGUACAACAAUAACUAAACCUUCUGCCUAAGAUACACACAUAAUAUAUGUUACCUCCUUUUAAUCCACUAAAUUUAAAAAGAACACUUGUUACAUUUGCUUGACUUGGAAAUCUUUGUGUUUCCGAGUGUUAUAUCUCAUGUAAUAUGGUGCAAGUGUCUGCCUUAAGUAAUACUACUACCUUCUUUCAUGUAUAAGAGUCUUAUUUUGCUAUU